AUGAAUCGAUUCAUUCGUUUUGAAUAUAAUAAUAAAAAAUUGCAACCUAUAGAUAAUUUUAAAGAUAAAUCAAUUUUGUCAAUAGACGUAGCUCUUCAAUCGGUUUUGUCUAUCGUUGACCGAUUGGACCAUUACAUUGAAGACGCUAAACACUCUCGUCAUUACCCUUCGGAUCAUGGCCUCACUGAAGACGAAGCAGUCGCUAUAUACCUCUACACAAAUGAUUGGAAUGGUCAAAGUUUAAAUCGGGUUUUAAACAGUGCAUUACAAUCAGAAAGUCAAACAGCUUUAAAAUCUUGGCUAAGUUUUCUGAAAUUAUUCAAUGCAGCACUGAGAAAAUUACCGACUGUCCAUAAUACACUAUGGCGAGGUUUACCAUUUGACGUUGUAGAAAAAUUAAAUGAAAAUGAAGAUUUGAUAUUAUGUAGUAUAAUUUCAUGUUCAUCGUCAAGUACUAUUAUAGAACAUCUUCUUGAUGAUAAAUCAAUUAUUUGCUCAGUCAAAUCAUUCAGUGGCAAGAAUAUUCAGGGUUAUACAGCUAAAAACGAGGAGGAUGAAGUACUGUUGCUUCCGGGUACACGUUUGCGUGUGAAACGCAAACAGUUGAACAAUGAACAAGAUAAACCCAUCAUAUAUUUAGAAGAAAUCAACGAAGUUGAAAUACAUGAUAUGAACAACUCUCUUAAUGAGGAAGAUAUAAGUGAAUUUCUAAUUAGUUCAAGUAUUUUCAUCUGUAAUUUUUAUAACUUUGAUAUAGGCGACGUUCAGCGUUCACAAACAACGCCUUCUAUAUCGACUAAGAUGAUAAACAGCGAAGCAAUCUUAAGUAAGAGCGACUACAAAAUCAUCGUAGGAACGACGAAUAUUAAAUCCUUUUCAGACAAAACAAAAUCAAAGGAAACUAUGAUUCAUGCAGUAAUUACUUUUUCUAAUGGUGAUCGAUAUGAAAUAGCUUACCGAAAUGAUAAGAAGCAUGGUUAUGGGAAGUUUUAUUGUAUUGACGGAAACGUAUUUGACGGCCCAAAUGCUGAUCAGAAGGCAAAUGGCGAUGGAAUAUGUGUUUUUGAAACUGGCAGCCGUUUUAUUGGAACAUACAAAAAUGGUAAUAGGUAUGGCCAUGGUAUUCUUCUCUGUGAGAAUGGAGCAAUACAAGCUUGUGACUGGGUUGAUGAUGUGCGUAAAGGUCAAAGUCUACAAAUACAGUCAACCGGUGGACUUUAUGAGUGGAAGGACGAGAUGGGCAAAGGACGUUGGUAUCGUGCUUAUGAUGAUGAAUAUGGAAAUAAAUAUAUAGGGAAUAUAGUUUAUGACAAAGCACAUGGAUUAGGUAUACGAAUUUGGCCAAAUAAUACUCGAUAUGAAGGUAAUUUCAUAGAUGAUAAAAAACAUGGAUAUGGUGUUUACUUUUAUACUGAUCGGGAUAGAUACAUGGGUGAAUGGUAUAAUGACGAAACAAGCGGAAAAGGACUGUUAAUUUGGAGUAAUGGUACUUAUUAUCAAGGAGAAUUUAUCAAUGGGAAGAAACAUGGCUAUGGAAAAAUAAUUUUUGCUAAUGGACAAAUACAAGAAGGUGUAUGGCGAAGUGAUGAUCUCGAUGAUAAUAUAGAAGCACAGGAAACUCUUACUGAAAUCGAUUUUGGUGAAUAUAUAAAUCCAUUUAUAUGUGGUACUAUUGUUACAAAUACUUCAACAACAAGUGACUUUGUUUCUCGGUUUUUCGCUCCAUGGCUUGGUAUUCUUGAAGGUCCAGUUCGCGGUAGUGCUCAUACAGUAUUGACUGUAUAUUGGUCUCGAAUAUUAAAUAAUAAAUCAGUUCUUCAUGCUUAUCAAAAAAGUAGUCGAGUUGGUUAUGUUGAUUGUGAAUUAGAUGAAAUUAAUCAACGUGUUCUGUUACGAGGAUCAGCUAUAAUUAUAAUGCAUGGACAACUUUUUCUUAAACAAUAUCAAUUAAAUUUUUUGAAAAAAUAA